AUGAAUCUUUUUCAGGGGGCACGAUUUUGGCUCUCUAUGACUGUACCACAGAGAUUGAGAUUUAAAAACCUGAUCAAAGAAUAUGGGGGCGAGGUCGUGCUCAUGGAGAGGGAUGCUGAUGUGAAGUUGGUAGAUCACAGGAGGAAAGACCUUCCUAGAGAUACAUUUUCCUAUCAAUACGUGGAGCGUUCAAUCAAUAAUGGACGGCUGGAAGAUCUCGAAGCCUACAGAGUUGGGCCAUCCGGGCAACGUCCAAUGGGAGCAACAAAUAUCGCAACGAAAAGCACAAGGUCAUUUUUCACCCUGGAAGAGGAUCAAAUUUUGCAUGACUGGGUUGCGCACUUUCAACAGGAGCCAAAUGCGCCUGUUCAAGGAAAUACCAUCUACCGGGAAUUAGCUGAAUUGUUUCCCCAACAUCCAUGGCAAUCCUGGCGCAGUAGGUAUAUAAGGCAUCUUUGGGACAAGCCCCGUCCUGGACCUGGCAGCCCAUUAUCAUUUGAAGAGAUAAUACGACGUGCACCAUCCCAACGAGACAGCCGCCCCAAGACAUUACCUACUCGCACUUCAUCGACAAAUCCUGCAGCAAGGCCUAGCAGCUCCAGAAUCCCUCAUGCAGGUUUGCCUGCUCCGGCCCAGGCCACUGCCGCAAACAAUUCGGAACGAGUUCAGGUCUUAGCCCCUAAAUCGCCGGCACAGCAGCAGAAUAUUUCACCAUUGAAAAGGAGAGCAGUCGAUGACCCCGCAACUGCGGGUCCUUCCUCACGCCGUCCCCGGCAUGAAAGCCCCGAAUUUCGACCAGAGUCACCACGCAUGACAGCCGUACAAACCGCUGUUACACAUCCAAAGAGCAGCUCUUCACAUAUCCCAUCAGCAACUACCAGACCGCUCACAGGGCUAGGAGUUCCAGAGCUCUUCCCAACCUCAGAUCCUUCUGCACAAACCCCUCGCCGCAUCAGCCGCGAAGCUCCACCUCACCCGGCAAACGCAACCGAACAAGCAGCACGCCCAGCACCACCGCGGCCAUUGGGGGACAAUGCUUUUGCCCAGUCUGGCCGGUUCAAACAAAAACCGAAGCCCAGGCCAUCGGUCAAAGAUGUCUUCCAAGACCCAGUGGACCCCGUUUUCCUAGAACUUCCAUUCCUGCCACCCAGUCCAGUACAAGAAGUGACUGACAUCGAGACUUGGAUUGAUCAAAGAGUGGCCCGGGGUGCCAAAGAGUACCACGUGCUCAACGCUCUGCAUUGCGCAAGCAUGGACCCAGAGAGGGCUGACAAGGUCCUGAAAUAUCUCACUGCUGGGAAGGGUGUUCCAAAUGAUAUGCCUGGGGUCUGGACGGCUGAGGAUGACGAGUGUGUACAGGCAAUGGAACAUUCGCGCGUGGAGCGAGUGUUGACGAAGCACGGAGCACAAGCGUACCAGGAGCGGUGGGAAUUUCUCAACAUGGCCCGGGAGAAUGGGCUCAUCGAAUGA